AUGGCUCAAUCUCUUCCGCCCGAACCCAAGAUACUGUCUCCUCACCAGGAAGCAAUGAUUCAGGCAUCGACAAGCACGCUGUUUGCCGCGGCCAUUUCUCAUGGACAGCAAUCAACCGUCCGAUAUCUGCACUCCGUGUAUCCCAAAUUCGACUUCUAUGAUGCCUCAAUCAUCAAUUCGUUCACUGCAACCCCAGACCUGGAAAUGCUCAAAUUGAUUUACUCAUACUCGCCUCGGAUUGUUCGCUAUGAGUGCGGUGAUCACAUAACAACGUUCUUGAGCAUGGCUUGUGAAGGUGGCCCCCAAAAUGCACCAGUUGUUGGCUUCCUCUUGGACCACGGAGCCAUGCCCGACGAUGACUUUGGCAGCUACGCGUACCAAUUUGGAGUAGAACUGCUGCCUGCCGUUCGACACGAUCAGCCAAUAGAAAUCAUUGAGAAGAUGAUUCCUAAGGCCUCUCGUUUGUGGCUUCCUAUCGACGUAGCAAUCAGAAGAAAACGCGUGGACGCCCUCGAGCUACUCUUGAAUGAAGAAGAGAAAAGGAGUAAACCUUCCCCCGAUGGAAAAUAUGAGCAGUCGUUGUUACGCCGUGCGCAAGACACGGAAGACAAGAAGGUCAUCGCCAUGGUCGAACGUUACAUUCUCAACAUGGAGGAGCAAGCGAAGAGGUCUACUGCCAAAGGCCUCCAAUCUACGAGAGUUUCGACAGAGAGCAGGAAAUGGUGGCAGUUUGGUGCAAAGGCGGACUCCAAAAGUAAGGCCGAUGCUAGAGAUUCCAGCAGUGCGCCUCGGACUGAUGCCGAAAAGUGA